CCUACCGGUGCCGCGUGCUCGACUUCGACAGCCCCCCCGAGGUGCAGCUGGAGCGGGAGCUCGGCUUGCACGUGCACUACCUGGACACACCGGUGCUGCAGCCCAGCAAGAUGGCCACCGUGCCGCUGGGAGGGGACCUGGAGCUGCGCUGCACCGCGACCGGCUCUGAGGCCCCCCAGCUGGCCUGGAAGAAGGGGCUGGACCGGCUGGGCCCGGGCCCUGUGCACACGCUGCGCACGGUCUCCUACGGCGAUGCCGGGCCUUACACAUGCGAGGCAGCUGUGCCCAGCGUGCCCGGGCUGCAACGCAAUGAUACGGUCCACAUCGUGGUAGAAGGGCCGCCCAAGAUAGAGGACCCAGAGCCAGUUUUUGGUCGUGAGGGGGACCUUGUCCGUCUGUCGUGCCAGGCUCAGGGGCACCCCCUGCCCCACAUCACCUGGAGCCUGCAUGACGUCACGCCAGAGGACAGCGGCGCUGAGGGCCAUGUGAACAGCACUGUGUGGGUGCAGAUGACGCCUGAGCUCGCCAACGACGGUGUCCGGUGCCACGCUCACAACCGCUAUGGCGAGGCCGAGACCAGCUUCAGCCUCCGCAUCCGGAAGAUCAUGUUCGUGCCCACUGUGCCCACCGCGCACCCCACAGGGGGGCCCUUGGCCGGUCCAGGGGCUGCAGUAGUGGCCGUGGUGGUCUGCGUCCUGGUCCUGCUGCUUGUUGUCGGCUGCUUCUACGGGCUCCAGCGACGCCGGCACCUGCCGUGCAGGGGGGGCGGCGAGAAGCGCUCCCUGACCCCCAGGGCCGGGGGGGUCACAGCACCGGGGGGGGCCACGGAGCUGCGGCCGGAUGGGACAGAGCAGAGUCGGGGGUUGCUGAGCCCAGGGGGGGGGCCUGGCCCCGAGGUGAGUGUGGAUUUGGGGGGCUGUAGGGGGAGCCAUGGGCAGGCUGGACCCCCAGGUCUCCGGCAGGAGUGA